CCACCACAGGCUUCUGCCUCAUCUGCUGUCUCCCCUUCAACCCUGUGUCCUGGAGCCUUGUUCUCUCAAGCUCUUUCUCCAAGGUGCUCUUAGAGCCUCCACCUGGUACCUGCCCUUUGGGCGGAAGAGGCAAACAGCUGGAUCUGGGGCAGUAGUCCCACUACCUGAGUGGCCCUUCCCUGCCCCACAGAGACAGAAUUCCCUGUGAUGCCCCUUAUGAUGGACAGGAAGGUUGGCAUGGUGACUUUGUGACCUGCAGCUCUGCUCAGUGUCCUGCCUGUUGACAACCCCAGGCAGGAGUCAUGGGAUCUUUGGAUGGGGGAUAAGAUGAGGCCUCCAUUUGUCUCUUACCCUAAACCCUCAUAGGUGGCCAUUAAAAUCUCCAAGACUCUGACUUUUUGUAACUCAAAGAAGGCAGCUGAGGUGGUUUAGAUAAGGACAUCCCUGUGGGUGUCCAGGAGGUCGAUGAACUGGAAGACUAGAGUACAGUAAUUAAUGGUCAUUGGUGUGAACACUGAAGUCACCCAUGGACAUGGAAGGAUCUAGAAGGCCUAGAAGAGUCCUGUGGUCCAAGUGUGGCUGGCCCAGCCAACAGGGGAGCUCUCCAAUCUCACGGUUCCUCCCCGGGGCAAGGCCUCUGCAACACCAAAGCCCUGAAGACUGACAGCUGUUGGAGCGUCCGCCUUCUUCAGCUGGCUCACAGCCUGCUGGUCGUCAUGGCUGCUGGGAAGGGUGCUCUGCAGAGGUCUUCGGCUGAAAACACAUGGAGGCUUAGUGAAGCUGACCAGGGCUGGAGCUGCAAGCCAGUGCUGCUGGAAAAAAUGAACAACCUGGGCUCUGAGGCUGCCAUGGGUGGUGGUGGCCGGGAGGAGACCUCUGCUGAGGUGGCACUGUCAGCAACCCCAGGAAAACUCAGACUGGGAAAGCCAAUGGCCCAGAAGGUGUGCUGGGAACAGGGGCAGAGUGCUUUCACAGAGGUGCCUCGACUCAAGAAGAGGCUGGAGGGUGUGCAGGCCAAGGAGAGGGAGCAUGAUAACCCCACAGGCCAGCCUGGUCCCCAGAAGCUGACCCAGGACACCCCCAGGGACCUGGCUGACAGCAAGACCUCUGUGUGGCCCAGUGGAGCCCGAGGGGAGCAGAAAAGCGCCUUCAGCAAACCAGCCAGGUGUCCAGCAGGGAGACCUGGGCCAACCUCCAUCUUCCAGGCACGUGGACCUGCAGAUGCCCUUGGGGAGCUGUUGGGACUCAGCAACACGGUAGACGUCCCUUGUUGGGAUCAGCUUUCGAAUUCUAAGUUUUUGGUGGGUGAUUUCUGGAACCUGCAGACAUUGCCACAAAAUGCUCCUCUCUGCAGUGCUUUCCUGGGGGCCCCCACACUGUGGCUAAAGCAUGCCACAGCCCAGAUGUCCACACCAUCAUCAUCCUCUUCCACUGCCACUUGGGCCCUGCUGCCACCUACAUUCACCUCCCUGGGCCUGUCCACCCAAAACUGGUGUGCAAAAUGCAACCUCUCCUUUCGCCUGACCUCCGACCUGGUCUUCCACAUGCGGUCCCACCACAAAAAGGAACAUGUGGGGCCUGACUUACAUUCUAAGAAGCUGAGAGAAGAGGCCCUCACGUGUCCCAUUUGCCAUGAGUAUUUCCGGGAGCGCCACCAUCUCUCCAGGCACAUGACUUCUCACAGUUAGCGGGUGCUGUGGAACAGACCUGUGGAUGCAGCUUCUAGCAUUUGGCGGUGGGGCGGAGAUGGCUCAUUGGUGCUUCCUUUGAAAAGGCUCGUCAUCGUUGUCUGCAGGGCUGUCUGCAUUGGAGUUGAUAGAUGAACUUGGUCAUCAUUUGAAAAAGACGGUCCUUGGCUCUGAUGCAUUUUGAUGGAAAUAAAGUCAUGAAAUAAAAUGACACACUUUCCUAACCUAGGGUAUCAAGACUGCUAGGCACGGAGUAGAGGCCCUGCUCCUGUUCCAUAUGGAGGCAAGUUUGACACACAGCCUGGGCUUUGGAGGCAGACAAACCUGGAUGCUAACCUUUCACAUAUUAGCCCUGACCUUGGACACAUUGCUUUCACCAUCUGAGCCCCAGUUUUCUUCUCUGCAAAUGGAGAGGGCAACACCUGUGUCUUAGGGAUGUUGUCAUGGUUACGUGGGAAGGUGUGUGGAAAAUAGCCAGGAUGCCACCUGGCACAGUGUGAUUCCUGAGUGAAUGAUAUUUGUCAUCAUUGUCCAGAUUA